AUGGAAUCGCACAUAACCCAGACGGUGCGCGCAACACAGCAAGACCGCAUCGUUGGCUGCAUCUUUGGUUCAGCGCUGGGCGACACGAUCGGCCUGUACACCGAGCACAUGAUCCCCGCGCAGGCACUCCAAGAGUACCCUACCCGAUGGUUCACACUGCUCCCCCUGUCAGAACCGACUCCUUUCGCUCGAGACCCGCACCGACGAAAAUUUCAUCUCCGACAUUGGACAGAUGAGACAGACCAAGCACUCUGCAUCUUGCUGUCUUGUCUGCACAGCAAUGGAGAAUUCUUCCCCGCCGACCUCGCGGAGCGUCUGAACAUAUGGGCUGAGCAAGGGUUAAGGGCGCUGGACACGAUGCCACUUGGGGCCGGAAGGAAGCUGAGCGAGCUUGUGACGGGCUCCGAGUAUCUGGACGACCCGGAAGAGGCCGCGACUGAGUACUGGGUUUCGGAGGGCUUCUUCCCAGCGUCAAACAAAUCACUCACACGUACCUAUCCGCUCGGCCUCCUAUGCAUUGGCAAAAACAUCACGAAGACAUUCAACAUCGCAGCGGCGUAUUCAGUAAUCACCCACGUCGAUCCACGAUGCAUCGUGAGUUGCGCCAUUGGCACCGCUCUGGUAUCUGGUUUCGCAUCUGGCCAGGCCUUUGAGGAGAGGUACAUCGACGAUGUCAUCGAAGAAGCGGUGGAUUGGUACGACAUCUACAGGAUGCAGCAGGAGGAUGAAGAUCCGGCUGCGAGUGAAUAUCCUGACCUGGAUCGCGAAGAACUGGACCGACACGUGGUAGCCAAUCGACUGGACGACCUUCAACUCGACCAGUACGGCAAGAUUAGUUACGUCUACAAGACGCUCGGAUCCGGCAUUCUGCUCCUCCGCCUCGCCCUGAGAAGUAUAGCGAGAGCCGAUGGCAAGCUGUCGGCGCAGCUGCCACUCUUCCGGCAGCUGAUCACGGACCUGGCCAUGUGUGGCGGCGAUGCGGACGCCAACUGCUGCUUUGCUGGUGCCCUUCUCGGAAGUCUGCUGGGAUUCAAAGCCCUGCCGUUGCAUUGGAGAGGUGGUCUGCAGCACAGGGACUGGCUCAUGGGAAAAGCCGAGUCGCUCUGCCAGAUGCUCGGGGUCGUCGACGGUCAUUAUGAUGGGGCCAAUGACAUGGACAGGGCCAUCGACGGUGGUAGAGGCUUGUUGACCCCUAAGCAAAUAGCACAUCGGCGCUUCUCACAUCUGGAGGCAACAGAGAGGCUGAGGAAGCGUCAUGAAGCUGUCCUACGACGCUCCCAAGCAUGCUCGCGGAAGAAGGGCGAUGGGAAUAUCGCACCUAAUGGUGCCGCCAGCGUUUAA